CUAACUGGAGUAAAGUCAGUAAACCAUUACGCUAUUCAGGGUUCAAACUUGAGAGCUACGGAAUAAAGCUAUCUCUUAGUUAGUACUUAGUUGCAUAUGAAAUUGUAUUGAAUUAAAUUUAUUUACACGUCAUCCGUUUCUAAAAGUAUUUGCAAUGUAUAAUUCUAAAGUAAUUGAUACUGAUCAUAAAGAUGUUAUCCACGACAUUGCCUUUGACUUCUACGGGAGACGAAUGGCGACGUGUUCAAGUGAUCAACUUGUAAAGAUUUGGAACCUAGAUGACGAUGGGAAUUGGGUGCUGGACAGCACUCUGAAGAGCCCCAGUGGAGCUGUGUGGAAGGUUACAUGGGCACAUCCAGAAUUCGGCCAGAUUAUAGCCACCUGUUCUUUUGACAGAUCUGCCACCAUUUAUGAAGAUUCAAUCAGUGACAAAGGACAUGGCAUGAAGAGAUCCUGGAUCAAACGCUGCCCUCUGGUGGAUGCCAGGAGCUCUGUUACUGAUGUCAAAUUCGCCCCUAAGAGCAUGGGGCUUGUGCUGGCAGUGUGCUGUGCUGAUGGCCUGGUGCGGCUGUAUGAAGCAUAUGAUAUAAUGAACUUGUCUCAAUGGGCAACUGUUCAUGACAUCAACACAAGACUUCCUUGCUGCUCAUGCAUAUCUUGGAAUCCUUCCCCUUCCAGGUUCAGCGCGCCACUACUAGCAGUUGGUAGUGACGAUGGAUGUCUGGCAAAUAGCAGCAACAACAGUAGCGGCGGUACUAUGAGCAUAACCAACACCAAUACCCCCAACAACGCCAGCAACAACACUGCUAGAGUCGCCAUAUUUGCUUACUGCGACAACGGCCGCAGAUGGGAACAAGUCGAGACACUCUUGUCCAUUACAGACAGAGUUCAUGACAUAGCGUUUGCUCCCAACCCUGGCCGGUCUUUCCAUAUUCUGGCGGUUGCAUCGAAGGACCUUAAGAUUAUUGUACUAAAGCCUAAACCUGCCAACUCAGACGGCAGCUGUGGAGGCUUCGACCUCGCAGUGGCUGGUCAAUUUGCCGACCACGGCAGCAACGUCUGGCGAGUGUCGUGGAAUGUUACCGGUACCGUCGUCUCUGCCAGUGGAGACAACGGUCUUGUCAAAAUAUACAAGGCCAACUACUUGGAUGUUUGGAAGUGCGUUGGAACUUUAAGCUCAUUUGGAGCUGUGCCUCACAGCAUCAGCGACCGUCCUGAUGAAGAGGAGCAGCCAGUACAGCCUCAGCAAACUUUCGGCAAUUCUGCGCAGUCUUUAGCAACGAACAAGUCUUCGGCUGUCGGUGCGGUGGCUGCAGCUGCCGCGUCUGGGGCUCGCUAUUUAAAAAUGGCAUCCACUAACAAUCCCGGCACCGUAGUGUGGCAUUAACAUCAAAGUCGAUUGGACUUAUGGGGGCUUGUACACAUUGAAAGUAGUGGCAGCCAUUACAACUUUCAAAUACA